UUUUAGGAUGAUGUAAUGGGAGUGCAACCAUCAGUUCCUGAAACCAGUGCAAAUGAUGCCUCUAAAGAAGAUACAGAAGAACAGAGAGAGAUGACUUUAAAUAUGGACAUUGAGAGACCAAAACUGCCUGAGUAUGCAGAAACUGAUAAAGAGGCAUUCAAAUCUGCAUUACAGGCUGCUGUCACCGCAGCAUACAGUAGGCAAAGCAGACACACUCAGGGUGAUCAAGAUCAAGAAGUAGAAUAUGUGACCAAAUCCGAGAUGAAUGAAGUCCUUAAAUUGUGUGAGGAUGUUGUUAGGGAUAGGAUUCUUUCAGAGGCCGGAAAUUCAUUCUUCUCCCUGUUUAUCGACAGAGUUGUUAGAUUCGGAGAGACAGAAUACAUUCCCAUGUUCAUCAGAUUUGUUGACAGUUUCGAUGUCAUGCGCCUUGAGCUUCUGGGUUUUAUCGAGGUUAGGCAUGACACUGAGGCCAUGUGUGAACGACUUUUUAAUGUAGUCGCCAAUGAGUGGCGUCUGGAUUUGAGCUACUGCAGAGGUCAAGCUUACCUUGGCUCUGGGGAAGUAUCCUACAAGCUCAAGGCCUUUGCAUGUAAAAUACAGGAGAAGUAUCCUCUUGCUAUAUGCACACACUGCUCGUGUUACUCUUUCAAUACCUGGUGGGCAAUGUCAGUUCCAGUAGCUGCAGUCAUCAGAGCCAUUGACACAUUAGAGGAAAUAGUGUCAUUUUUCCACAGCAUGCCUGCCCUCGAGAAAGAGUUAGAUCAAGUCUUAGCAAUAGGCCUAAGAGAGAGCUAUGAGAAAAUCCAUGAGCUUCAAGGAAAGUUCUGCUCCACUUGGCUUGAGAAACAUGACUCUUAUGAAGUCUUUGCUCAGAUUCUGGAGCCUCUGGUAGAUUGGCUAGAAAAUAUUGAUAACUGCCAAUCUCAGAGAUGGAGUUCGGCCGUAUCCAACAGAGCCAAGAGACUACUUCAGUUAAUAAGGGACUUUGAUUUCAUUGUGGCAGUCGUUGCGCUAAAAAACGCCUCAUCCUUCACCAAAGAACUGAGUGCAGCACUACAGAAAGACCAUUUUAGUGCUGUCUCGCAGCUUAGCCGGAUCAGUGGUAUUGUGGCCACACUUAACAGAGUAAAAACCAACAUCAAGGUUUUCAAUCAGAAUUGGUUUGAUGAAGCUUCUUGUUUUGCUCAGAGUCUGAGUGUGCAGGUUAAAGUUCCUGAUAGUGUGAUCAUUCCAAGGGACAGCCUUUUGAAACCUGGUUCAUACUACAAAGAUGCAAUGAGUGUCCCUUUAGUUGACCACCUUAUAAACAUGGUGAAAGACUAUUUCUCCGAUGACCACAAGGAGGCUCUCAACCUGUUGUCCUUGGUCCCUUGCUCUGUGACAAUGAGCUAUGUUUUUGAAAUGCUCAAGUCAAAACCUUCAUUGUACAUUGGUGAUCUCCCCGAUCCUGACAACUUCUUCACGGAGCUGAGCUGCUGGAAAGUGAAGUGGAAAACAAAAGUGGUUAGUGUAACCAUACCAGAGACCAUUUUUCAGACUCUGCGUCUACCCCUUAUGCAGUACUUCAUAAACAUCAACACAUUGCUGAAGAUUAUGUGUGUGUUGCCAAGCACAGCUUUGGAAUAUUGUGAUGAGGUGAAGCGGCACAAAAUGUAUCAAGACUAUGUGAGCAACACCUUACCUAUGGACAGAUCACCCUGUUUAGCCGUGCUUCAGGUGGGCAUUGACUUUAACAGAGACCUAGACCGAAUGGUUGCUCGGUGCUUAAGGCUCACACCGAAGACAUUGGAAGGUAUUUGUCUGGACAAAGAAUCCAAAACCUUAGGAAGGGCUGCUGAAAUAAAAACCGAAGAUGACACCCACGUGAUUGAAGAAGACAGGGAAGCUCAGCAGUACUCCAAAAUACUUGUGAUGAAUUCUGAGAUUACUGGCAGUGAAGCAGACAUCCACAAAGGAGGAGCAGAAAGCAUACAGACUCUGCAGCAGUCUGAAAAUAUAGAAGUGUUUGCUGGUUGCUUGGAAGUGGCAGCUGAGGAGCCGCAUGUAAAGCUUGAAGAAGUGGAGAUGGUUCCAGAUGAGAAUGGCCAUUCCAAUGAACCAGCUGACAGCACAAGUAACUGUGAUGAAGUCUUUAAACAGACAGCUAAGCUUGCAAGGAGAAACUGCUCAUUGAUUGACCUCAGUAAACCAGAGCAAGAUGCCGUUGUUCAGAAUCUUACCUCGUGUCAUUGGGUACAGGAGGAAGGGAAAUUGUUUUCAGAGGGAGAAAUGUUACAAAGAAUUGUGAAGGCCAUACGACAAACAAUCCUCACUGAAGUUCAGGACUCUCCUUUCUUUUCCAUCAUCACUGAUAGAACUAUCUCAGUUGGAGAGGUGAAGUUCCUACCAGUAUUUGUUAGAUAUGUGAAUGACUGCAUACCCAAAGUGGAGCUUAUAGGAUCAAAAGAGAUCAGUGAGAGCAAAAAUGGUGAUGGGGUUGACAGCAGCCCUCAGGUCAUUGAUGAGGAAACGUUAAACAAAGAGUUUCUCAAGUCUUUGUUUGAUCUUGUCGUGAUGAUGGGCACACAGAACAUCCCUCUGCAUGGGCACUCCGGCAAAGAACCCAGAAGCAAAAGCUUCACUCCCAGCAACUUCCAGGCACUGUUGGAGUACCGCAUCAAUGCAGGUGAUGAAUUCCUCAGAAAGAAGUUUGAGGGGUCCUCCGUAAACCUUGAGCACUGCUCUUCUACUCAAUUGCAGCAGAUGCUGGAAGUGAUCGAAAACUGUGUUCGUGAGGACUUGUUGGCUGAAGUUAAAGAAGGACGCUUCUUCUCAUUGAUAGUAGACAACCUGGUUGAGAUAGGUGGAGAGAGCCAUCUCCCGUUGUUCAUACGUUUUGUGGACAAGUCCAACUGCCUAAGGGAAGAAUUUGUUGGGUUCCUGCUUUUUGAAGGCGAUGUGGAGGCUAUAACCGAGAGGCUUAUUGCUGAAGUAACCGAUAAAUGUGGCCUAGACAUGCAGUACUGCAGAGGACAGGCAUAUUUGUGUUCUGGUGUGUCCGCUAUGAAGGUCAAAGCAGUGGUGGCCAGAAUAGCGGAGUUAAACCCACUAGCAGUUCUCACCCCUUGCUCCAGUUGCUCUUUAAACAUCUGCCUGGCAAACACAAUGACCUUAACAGGAGUGCAUCUGGUUAUGUCUACCCUGAAAAAGCUGGAUGCGUUUUUUAGUAAAACGCCAUUGUUGCAAAAUCAGCUGGAAAGUGCUAUUUCGAUCUACUACCAGGGACAUGAAGAAAAAGCCAAUGUCCUCAAAGAGGCCUGUUACUCGAAAUGGACAGAGCAGCAUGAUACAUUCGAAGUAGCUGUCGACCUCCUGGAGUCUCUGCUGCUUUGCAUGGAUAGCGUCCAUGACAAUGAAGAUCACAAAUGGAGCGAUGAGGUAGCACACAAGGCCUUUGUCAUAUCCGAGGCAUUGGCCGAUUUUGAAUUUGUCAUGACAUUAGUGGUGCUGAAGAACACAUUUUCCUUCUCCAGAGCCUUUGGUAAGAAUCUGCAAGGGCAAACAAACGAGGUCUUCUUCGCUUCUAGCAGUCUAACUGCGGUUCUGCAUUCGCUGAAUGAAGUUUACGAGAAUAUCGAGGUCUACCAUGAGUUCUGGUUUGAGGAGGCUGUUAACCUGGCUGCAGCUCUUGAAAUCCCAGUGAAAGUGCCCAGACUGUACUAUAGAAAACGACCAACCUCUGGUAAGGAAAUCCAACCUGAGACCUACUAUAAAGAGCAAGUAACCAUUCCAGUGGUCAGCCAUGUGAUUAAGGAGCUGUCUGAUCUUUUCUCUGAAAAUCAUCUGAAGGCCCUAAAGUCCUUGUCACUUGUCCCUGCCAUCAUGGGAGAGUUGAAGUGCAACACUGCAGAGGAGACCAGUGCAGACAUUUAUAAAGAUGACUUGCUGAAUCCAGACACCUUUCCUGCUGAGUUGCACUGCUGGAAGAUUAAAUGGAAACAUGGCACUAAAGAUGUUGUAUUGCCAUCGACCAUCUACGAGACGCUUCAGCUGUCCGAUGUGAAGUUCUUCCCCAACGUCUGUGCUCUCCUGAAAGUCCUGUACCAUCUGCCAGUCUUUGCUUUGACAAAUGACAAAUGCAGCACUGCGAAACAACGACUGAAGACAUACCUGGAAGAUACACCUGUGCAUCACAGAAACAAGAGCAUGGCUCUGUUCUUUAUUAACUGUGGCAUUAAGCAUGAUUUGGACAGCAUGGUGGAGAAAUACUUGAAAAUGUAUCCAAAUAGUGAGCUGUCAGAGAAUCAUGAUUGAUUGUAGGUAGCAGCACAGUCUUACAUAUUGCAGUAUGAUGACUUGUCAAUCAGCAGUUUGUAUUUUUUUUUUCAGCUAUAAUUUUGUUACUUUUGCUUUUUAUGUACAGUCAUACAAGAUUAGCAGGACUUGAGCCUUUUCUUAUUAUUCUACCGUUUCAUUUAACAUGGUGUAUAUAAAAGUGUACCCCCAGUUUGAAUUUGAACAUUAAAAAGAUCUUUUGCUGACCAA